UGUGGAUAUAGUUUACGCAUUGUACACCCAUAGAAGACGACCAUGGGGCUAGCUGCGAUAUUUUCCCCCCUUCUGUUGGGUGUGGCAUUUUGCCUGAUGCUGCAAGUAAAACGCUCUGUCUCACAAAUAGGCCAUAAAUGGGAAAUAAGUUACACAGCGUGUAGCAAAGACUGCGGAGAAGGAGUGCAACUAUUACUGAAAUCCUGCUAUACGGUAGAGGCGAUCCCCCAGUUAGCCUUGGAAUCGUUCUGCAAUGGCAUAGCGAUCACAGAACCACUUACGAUUUCUUGUAACGCUCAUCCAUGUGACUUAUGUGAGAGGACGCUAACCAGAGCAAGCGGAAGGAUUACUUCGCCGUAUUACCCGGACAAGUACUCAAUUCCCAAAUACUGCCGUUUGUUUGUCCAACUGCCGACCAACAAGCGCGUUCUUCUGUCCUUCUCCAAAUUUGCACUUGAGGGAUUAAACUUAGCUGGUCAUUCGUUGAAGACAGAGGAUGAGGUGUGUCUCUGUGGAACUUCGGUGCAGAUUUCAGAUCAGAUCGUAGCGAGUAGGUCGGACCGUUACUGUGGAACCAAGUCACAUUUCAGUUGGAUCUCAGACUCUAACUCCAUUCUAGUGGAGUUUAUGACGCAGUCGUCCCAUCUCUUUAAUAGGUUCAGUGCUGAAUACGAAGCCAUCCCAGCCAAAAGUGCGUGCUACCAGUUCAUUGACGUCACAGCCACUGACAAGGGAUACGUGACAUCACCCGGAUACCCUAAGCAAUAUGGGAACAACAUCCACUGCGAGUUUGCUCUCCACGCAGACCCUGCUCACGGCAUCGCACUCACCAUCGAAGAGUUCCAGCUGGAGCCGAGCCCGACAUGCCACCUCGAUUACGUUACGAUUGAAGAUUUGUACACGCAACGGAAAAAGACAGUCUGUGGAACUCUCAACGCUGCUUCCUGGUUGUCCGAUUCUAAUGAAGUACUCCUAACGUUCCAUUCCAAUGAGAACGACGUCUAUAAUGGUUUCAUCAUCUACUAUGAGACAAUGAAUCGAGUGCCGGCGGGAAGUCGGACGUUUACCGAUCCAGAAGGGACCAUUACCUCCCCCGGUUAUCCGCUCGUCUACCCACCAAACAUCCAGGCCUUCUACCACAUCUAUGCCGACCCCUCCCAGAUAGUCGUCCUAAGGUUUGACGACUUCCAAACGGAGAGGGACGACUCACAGGGGCAGCCGGUGCCCCUGCCCCGCAUUCGGAGGAGCACCUUGAGCGCUAUACAGUUUGAGAAAGGGGCACGUUGCGAGGAGGCGGAUUACGUUAAGGUUGAGGACAUCUUAGCUGGUUCCAGUAUUUCCUACUGCGGUAAACUCCCCACUUUCACCUGGUUCUCUGAAACCAACGCUGUCUUGUUGAAGUUUGUCACCGAUGCCGAUGAGAACUACAAGGGAUUCAGUGCAUCUUAUAGGACACUUGAAAGAAGCCCUGUUUCUGACUGGGAGCUGGUGUUCCGCGCAGCUUCGGUCACAGAGACAGAUGUUGUUUCAAAGUGGCUGGAUACCAGUCGAGGCUACAAUGAGUUUGAUCACAACGCCAAAUCCAUCCACAAGGAGCACUCUCCGAACACGUAUAAAAACUCUCUCGUCAACGACUGGGCGAACGUCGGCAUCACAAAAGUCAAGAUUGAGCUGUACAAGCAGGGGUCGGUGGUGGCUGCUUUUCACUUCAAGAACAACCCCGGGGUGCGAGGUACCAUCCAGAACUGGUUCCACUGCGCCAACCGGCUGUAUUCAACGCAUAGCGAUCUACUUCAGGAUGACUGCGCUGACUUAGUCUAUGACAACAGAGGCAUCUUUGAAAUCACUAACCAAAAGGGAGCCGCCAUGGGGGACUGUGCCACUGCGGAGGGGAAGCUGUGGCUGGAUAUACAAGACAGGAUUCCGGCUAUAGACCUCCCCGGGUCCUGCCCUUAUGAAAGAGAUGCCGACCGAGUUACUAAGUUCUUUUACAGCACGGCAUCUGAUAAAGCUGGUGUUACUAGUACAGGCACAAACAUUGACACGGCUGACGUUUUCACAAUUUGGAUUCAGAGGGAUUGCGAUCAGAGUGUUGUUUUGAAUCCUACAUUACAAAAUGCGGAGUUUUCAUCUGAUGGUUUUGCCCUGGGUAGGAACUACCCGAACAACGAACACUGCGAUUAUUACUUCUUGAACACCCCUUUUGAUCGGCUGCUGCUGUAUUUCGACUAUUUCUUCCUGGAGCACGAGGACGGCGUUUGUACGAAGGAUUACGUCGAGAUUGAGGACCUGACAACCAAGCGCAUCGACAGGUUUUGUGGCAACCAAAACAAACCUCUGUUCACAACCGACGGAAACGCCGCUGUCGUACGCUUUCGUAGCGAUAGUUUCAGUAACUUCCCCGGAUGGCGCCUUCAAGCCAGUGUGCAAAGUCGUAAUAUUGAAGACUGCUCAUCUGUCCUGACGACCGAUUCGGGCGAUGUGAGGAAUGCAGACUACCCUUCGCCGUUAACGAACUUCCGACUUCAGGGAUGUGAGACGAUCCUUCAUGCAAGCAUUCCUCACCGUGUCACGCUCUCGCUCACCAAAGUUCACGUAGAUCUUGCCGAUUGCCCAGAGCUAACCAUUUUUGACGCCGCCUCAUCUACUCCGAUUAUUGAGGUUUCUGGUAAAAUCUACCCUUUUUCUUGGACGUCGACUUCUAAUGAGAUGAGCUUGUGGUACUGUACCGGCCUUCCGUAUCGAUCAUACUUAUUCUAUGAGGGAAACUUUCAAACUUCAAUCAGCCCCAAACCAGCAACAUGUAUUGAAUACUUUGAUGCGGAAUUCGCUGGAACGUUUUCCUGGCCCACCACACAACUAGCAACAGGCUCCCAGAAUUGCUACAGGGUCAUACGCACGCACCCCGCCCUAAAUCAUCGCAUCCUGCUACGGUUUGAAAACUUGGUUUUGAAAAAUAAAGACUGCAGUAGCUUCAUCAAGGUGAUGGACACUACAACAAAGCGCAGCCAGACAACGUGUCUGACUGCUCAGCGGCCUUUCACAUGGACAUCAGAUGCGAACGAGGUUAUUGUGCAAUUCUUCUCUGGUCCUAGUUUCUCAAGCCACGCUGUCAAUGGGUUCUACUCGAGUGAGCCUCGUCGACCGUCUACAGAAAGUGUGACUCUUACCGGCACAAAGGGAGAGUUCACGAGUCAAAACUUCCCGGAGGAUUACCCGUCGGGCGUCCACAGCGACUACCUCCUUCAAGGCAACGCUCACGAGGUUGUGUUUGUGAGUUUUCUCGAGUUGACGCUGGAGAGCCCGAGUACGACGCCGCUCAAGAAACGGCGCAAGAAGAGAGAGGAACCGUCCGAGCAUACUCUCUAUAAACGGCAGGCGAUUCCUAAGACGGACACCAAGUGUGAAUACGAUUAUAUAGAGAUUAAAGAUAAGCUGGACACCUCGAGGACCGUUAGAUACUGCGGGAGUCAGCUGCCCUUCGGUUGGCUGUCGUCAAGCAACGAGGUCAUCGUUACCAUGGAUACCGAUAGCAGUGUCGUCAAGAAAGGAUUUAAGGCGGAAUACCUCUUUAUGGAACGGCCCGAUCCAACAGGUUGUGGAGGUAUCUUUGAAGCAUCUAAUGGUCGUUUUGAAUCGCCAUCCUACCCGCGGAACUAUCCGAGAAACGCAGACUGCACCUAUGUCCUGUUGGCUCUAGCCAACCAAAGAAUCAAAAUUACCUUCACAAGCUUUAAUACGGAGCUGGAUGCCGAUUGCCAGAAUGAUAGGGUGAUGAUUGAUGACCAACUCGGCAAAAAGACCGAUCUCUACUGUGGAGAUUUGUCUACGCCGUUUUCGUGGACGUCAAAAUCCAACCUGGUCUUUGUGACCUUCCACAGCGACGCACAGAUUGAAUUUGGAGGCUUCACGGCAACUUAUGAGUUUGAAGACCGAACCGACAAAACAACUUGUGAGGUCAAUGUUGAUGAUCAAUCCGGGGAGUUACUGAGUCCAAGAUUUCCUCGUUUGUAUCCCAACCUUCGAGAGUGUACCUACGUGGUGACGGUCGAGUCCCAGUUUGGAGUUCAACUCACCUUCUCAGAGUUUGUUCUCGAGGAUCCGACCCCGGGAGGUGGAUGCGUGUUUGACUAUCUCGAGAUUUUCCACAGCGCUCCUAAAACAUCGGACAAAUUCUGCGGAGCGAAGGACCCCUUUGAAGUCCUCGUUAACUCAAACCAAGUCGAGAUGAUAUUCAAGAGUGACUUCAUCAUCUUCUACAAAGGAUUUAAAGCCAAGUAUGAAGCUGUUGAUCUCAGCACAGCCCAGCCAGGUUGCGACCAGGUUUUGACUGCUUCCUCGGGGGUAUUUACCAGUCCCAACUAUCCCGCCAACUACCCGUUAUCUAUGGACUGUGAGAUUGAGAUUAGAGUUCCCAGUAGAAACUACGUCAAGAUCACAUUCACCGACUUCAGUCUGGAGAACUGUCCGUAUGAUUAUGUUGAGGUCAGAGACAAAAUAAAAAACACAGUCUCCCAAAGAUUUUGUGGCCGUAAACCGAUCGAAUUCAGCUACGAAUCUGAAUCAAACGAGGUUGUGGUGUUCUUCCAUAGCGAUGACCACACGCCCUCUACUGGGUUCCGGGCUGUGUAUAGCGCAGAGAUCAAACCGACACAACCAUCGGCUUCUACAGGAUGUCCCCCGAAUUAUGGCCUGCAGUUGUCGGCCCCCUCGGGGCAGUUGGUAUCUCCCAGCUACCCAAAUUACCCUGUGAACGUCGAGUGUAAGAUUCGCAUCAGCGUGGCGGUGGGCAAAAUCUGCAAAAUCGUCUUCUCUGAAUUCGAGGUGGAAGAUCAAGACACAUGUUCUUAUGACUAUGUGCAACUCACCAGUAUUCCAGAUGAUGGUUCCAAAUCCAAAUGGUGUGGAAAACUUGACGCUGGCACCGUCUGGAUCUCCAAAUCCAACGUGUGCGAGUUGAAAUUCAAGAGCGACGGUUUCGUGCCGGCCCGCGGUUUCAAAGCGACGUACGAAACUGCCGAUCCUGUAGCGUUUGACUGCCAGCAGGAGCUGUCGGGCUCGACGGGAUAUUUCGCCUCGCCCAACUACCCAAAUAAUUACCCGGUGGACUCGACCUGCGUGACGACGAUCCAGGUGCCGGGUACACACUUGGUAAAGAUCGAGUUUCAGAUGUUUGACGUCGAGGAGCAGACCUUCUGCAGUUACGACUGGGUGCAGAUUAGAGAUGAAGGAACUGGUGUGAAGACACCCAAGUAUUGCGGAACGUAUAAUCACAGCUUCAACUACAAGGCCAAAUCGAAUAAAGUGUCCGUCCUGUUCUUCAGUGAUGAAAUACAGAAUCAGAAGGGGUUCUUGGCACUUUACUCUGCAGUCCUUCCUUAAACCUACAGACAAUUUGUGCCCUACAACUGUUAAAAAAUCUCAUAAAUCUGUGAAUCGGUAAGCAAGCUUUUGUUCUACUUUGCUCUCUGCAAAAAAUUUGUCAAUAUUUACUAUUCAUAAAUACCUAAGACAGUUUAUCCAUUCUGAUUGGUCGAGAGGGCAUCAUGAGGGGUUGUUUGAACGGAUGAUAUAUUAUGCAGUAAAAAGUGUACUGUUAUAACAUGGACUCGAGCUUGCACCAUCACACACAGCGCUUAUAAGACAGUUUCUUCAUUCCUAUUGGUCGAGAGCAACAGCUGAAACAGUUGUGCCACAUCACGCCAUAC